AUGAGUUCUCUAUCAAUUGUGAGUCCCGAAAGGCGAAUUGAGUUAAAUCCAUUUGACGUGGACGCAUGGAACCUUUUGCUGCGCGAGUCGCAAACAAGGCCGAUUGAACUGGUUCGACCAUUUUACGAAAAACUGGUGAAGCAGUUUACGAAUUCGGGUCGAUACUGGAAAGCAUAUAUUGACCAUGAACUUCGCGGUAAGAAUUACGAAAAUGUUGAAAAGUUAUUUGGGCGAUGUCUUAUCCAUAUUCUUAAUAUUGAUUUAUGGAAAUGUUACGUUUUUUAUGUCCGAGAAACGAAGGGACAUUUGUCAUCAUUCAGGGAGAAAAUGGCACAAGCCUACGAAUUCGCACUGGACAAAGUUGGUCUCGAUAUGCAUUCGUAUUCAAUUUAUUCUGAUUAUAUUUCGUUCCUUAAAUCAGCCCCAACAGUUGGGCAAUAUGCUGAAAAUCAAAGGGUGACAGCAGUUCGAAAAGUUUAUCAGCGUGGUGUGAUCACGCCAAUGGUGAAUGUCGAACAACUAUGGGCUGAAUAUUGCUCAUAUGAGAAGAGCGUCAAUGCAACAUUAGCAGAAAAAUUAAUUGCGGAACGAAAUAAAGAUUAUCAAGUGGCUAAGCGUACGUCUAAAUCACUAGAACAAGUUACACGCGGCUUAAAUCGACAAGCUGUAAGUGUUCCACCGCGUGGAACUCCUGCUGAGAUGAAACAGUUGGAUAUGUGGCGAAAAUAUAUACAGUGGGAAAAAAGUAAUCCGUUAGGAACAGAGGAAUAUUCGCAUUAUGCAAAAAGAGUGAUAUACGCAUAUGAGCAAGCAUUGUUGUGCCUUGGAUAUUAUCCUGAUAUUUGGUAUGAAGCAGCACUUUUCCAGCAACAUGCUGCAAGCGUCUUAGCAGAGAAGGGUGAUGUGAAGUUAUCAGCAUCAUUAAAUGCAGAUAUUACUCAACUAUUUGAGCGUGCAAUUGGUGGACUUCUCAAGGAUAGCCAGUUAUUAUUUUUUGCUUAUGCGGAUUUUGAGGAAGAACGAAUGAAAUAUGAAAAUGUUAAAAAAAUUUAUGAUAGGCUAUUGGAAAUCGAAUCAGUUGAUCCAACUUUGGCUUAUAUACAACUUAUGAAAUUUAUGAGGCGGACAGAAGGAGUACAGUUUGCAAGGAAUGUUUUCAAACGGGCUCGACAAGACUCUCGUUGCAAAUUUCAUGUCUUUGUUGCUUCUGCUUUGAUGGAAUAUUAUUGUAGCAAAGACACUAAUGUAGCAAUACGUGUGUUUGAUAUGGGCCUUAAAAAAUAUGGAAAUGAACCUGAAUAUGCUUUGGCAUACGUUGAUUUUUUAUCUCAUUUAAAUGAGGACAACAAUACUCGAGUAGUCUUCGAAAGAAUUUUAACGUCAGGCACGAUGCCGACAGAAAAAUCCUUAGAUAUAUGGGACCGUUAUUUGGAGUUCGAGACGAAUGUCGGGGAUCUACCGAGCAUUCUUAAAGUUGAUAAACGACGUCGUGAAGCCCUUAAAGAGCAAUAUUCUGAUAUGCAAACGGUGCUACUGAUCGAUCGAUAUAAAUUCUUAAAUCUUGUUCCUUGUACCAAUGAUCAGCUAAAACUUAUGGGAUAUUCGGUACGACGUCAAAAUAAUACACGUAAUGCGAACGUUGCUCAAGGACCAUCGGUCGUUAUGGGUGGUGGUGUAAGUCUAGAAAUUUCUGGAUAUCCAAGGCCCGAUACCGACCAAAUGAUUCCUUUUAAACCGAAAUUAAAUACUGCCGCAAGUUAUCAUCCAGUUCCAGGAGGUGUUUUCCCUCCUCCAGUACCAGCUGCUCAGUUAAUGCAAAUGUUGCCACCACCUUGGUCAUUCAAUGGCCCUUUUGUUUCAAUCGAUCUUCUUAUGGAAAGCCUGUUGAAAUUUAAUCAGUCAGGUAGCACGAUUCCUUCAGUUGAUGUAAAUGUAAAAAUAGAGAAUGGAAUAAUGUUUGGUACUCAUAGAAUCGAAGAUAUCAAAAAAGAAUUUUAUCAGUUAUUAGCGACAACAACCGACCCUAAUGUGGUGCUUUCAUCAAGCGAGUACCAACAACAAAUAACAUUAAAUGCGAGAAAGCGCCGUGUUGCCGGCGAUUCGGAUAGUGAAGAUGAGACGUCGCCGAACGCAGCUGCGAUUUGCCGAGAUAUUUAUAAACGACGCAUGAAUUUAAAAGCUCAAGAAUAG